GCGAUAUUUACAACAGUUGACUGUUUGGUAAUCGCGUGCGGUGGAGCUUUGAACAAACUUGUUUAGGUUCUUCCUUUGGAGAGGCUGUUUAGGCCAACAGGGACUAGACAAACCAGAUCCACCGCUCUGUCCCUCAAGGCCAAGAUGUCCCUCUCCAGCUGGGUGUGUGUUGUUACUGGUGCCUCCAGGGGCAUCGGCAGGGGAAUAGCGCUCCAGCUGUCUGAGGCCGGAGCUACCGUUUACAUCACAGGACGGCAGGAGAAGACCCUCAAACAAACUGCUGCAGAGGUGACUGAGAGAGGUGGGAAGUGUGUUCCAGUGAUCUGUGAUUCCACGAAAGAUGAAGACAUUAAGACCCUUUUUGAAAGGAUCAAACAAGAACAGGAUGGCAGACUGGACAUCUUGGUGAACAAUGCCUACGCUGGAGUACAGGAUAUCUUUGACAACAUUGGCACGAAGUUCUGGGAAAUGGAUCCAUCCAUCUGGGAUUCUAUCAACAACGCAGGCCUGAGGGGGCACUACUUUUUCUCAGUUUAUGGGUCCCGCUUGAUGGUUGCCCAAGGCCGUGGGUUAAUAGUGACCAUUUCAUCUAUGGGCGGGCUGCAUUACCUCUUCAGUGUUCCGUAUGGUGUUGGUAAAGCUGCUUGUGACAGGCUAGCAGCCGACAUGGCGGUUGAGCUGAAAAGCAGAGGAGUCACCUCCGUCAGCCUGUGGCCAGGACCGGUACAAACAGAACUUAUAUCGCAAUUAUUGAUACAGAAUGAUGCAUCACAGGGUUUCACUUCCAAGCAUAAAGAAAUAUUUUCCAAUGGGGAAACCACAGAACUAAGUGGGAAGUGCAUUGUCAGCCUGGCUAAUGAUAAAAAUCUGAUGUCAUUGACUGGAAAGGUGCUCAUGACCUGUGACCUGGCCAGACGCUAUGGCAUUACAGAUGUUGAUGGGCGGGUUGUAACAGAUUUCACUUCCCUAAAAUUCCUCGUGACCCAGGUCCCGUACCUCUCCUGGCUUUCAGUAGUCGUCCCCUCAUUUCUUCGCCUGCCUCGCUUCGUGCUCACGCUGGCUAACGGUCGCUUCUAAUGAUUUCCCACAUCACUCAGAACAGUGCAAUACUCUACAGUUAUAAAAUCUGUGUUUUGAGAAAGCAACCCUGACCAAAGAACAUAAAUUUGCUUUCUAUUUUAUACUUUCUAUUUUUUGAAAAAAGUGGUCCUUAUCCAAUCAGAUCACAUAUAAGGAUAGUAUUUAAUGUUGCAGAUGUGCUAGAGUUGCAUCAAGGAAGGUCGACGUGAAGAAUGUUUAAAAUAAGCACUAAUAUUUGCCAAAAGUGAACUCUCACAAUGUGUUUUUAACAAAAGUAAGCUGUUUUCUAUGCUUCUGUACCCAACCCGCAGCUGAAAAACAGAAAGAUUUUAGAUUGAUUAUAAAGUUUUAGUGUGUUUUGUUUAGCUGGCACUGAUCCAUUUUUUCUGCUCUUAUUGUUAAACCUUUUGUUUUUUCUUGGAUGUGCAUGCCAUUGUUGCCAGUGAUUGAGGUCCUGUUUUUCUGGCAGAAUUUCCUUCAUUUAAUCAGCAAUAUUACCCCCUUAGAGGACCCUUCAGGUGGAUCUCCAGCUGUAGAUCAGCCAAUAGGAACAGCCUCUCCCAUUAAAGGUGACGGAGUGCCAUCUUAUGGCCUUUAUGUCUUAUAGGUUAAAAAUGGGACCACCAGAAGAAACCAGUUAACAUUCUGAAAUUUCAGCUUGUUUUUGCUAAUGUAUUUGUCCAACAAAAAAAUUCAAUAAAAGAUUGUCUGUUGCA